GGAAUAUUCUCAGAGUAAGCUACAACUCCUAGAAGAGUCUUGGGCGCCACUCUGUCCUCCACCGCAGCAAGCUCUGUGCAAAAAACAAACAAACAAACAAAAAAACCACAACAACAACCACCAAGACAAUCUUCUACUUAGGCGGGCGCCUCACACAUUCUGGUUCUAGACUACAUUUCCCAGAAGUUCUUGCUUCUCUAACCUACUUUAGGCGCGAAUCUAGCGACAUUUUUCUAUUUCUCAGGGGACAUAUGACUCCAUGGGAUUGGCCUGGCCCUUGGAGGAAGCUUGUCUCUGGAAUGUGGGGACUGUAUCUGUAUCUCAAGAUUCUUGGCAGCAAUUCCGAGAGGGGAGAAGAGGUGUAACUUGGCCCCAGGCGGUGCAGAAAAGUCCGAGAGCGAGCAGCCAUCUUGUCCUAGCGAAUCUGGCUCCGGACUACAUUUCCCAGAGACCCUGGCGCGUACAGGGCCGACCCUUCACUCGCCUGCGGGACCCUCGGCCUCCGGGGAAGGGGAAGUGCCAGGAGAACAGCCCCAAGGAGGACUGAUCAUCUCCUGUAAUACCGAAAGCCAUGGCCCAGGGAUCAGUGGUGUUCAGUGAUGUGUCUAUAGACUUCUCUCAAGAGGAGUGGGAAUUCCUGAACCCUGCUCAGAGGGACUUGUACAGAGAUGUGAUGUUGGAAAACUAUAGCAAUCUGGUGUCAAUGGGACUUUACAUUCCCAAGCCUCAAGUUAUUUCCUUAUUGGAACAAGGGAAAGAGCCAUGGAUGAUUGGCAGAGAGCUGACAAGAGGCCUGUGCUCAGCUCUGGAAUCAAUGUGUGAAACCAAGUUAUUAUCGCUAAAGAAGGAAGUUUACGAAAUAGAAUCAUGCCAGAGGGAAAUGAUGGGACUUAGAAAACAUGGCUUUGAAUACUCCAGUUUCAGAGAUGUUUUGGAAUAUAGAAGUCACUUUGAAAAACAACUGGGAUAUCAAAAUGGGCAUUUCAGCCAAGAAAUACUCACUCAUGAGUACAUGCCCACAUUUGUUCAACAGACAUUCUUUACUUUACAUCAAAUUAACAAUGAAGAGAAACCCUAUGAAUGUAAGAAAUGUGGAAAGGUCUUUAGUCAGAAUUCACAAUUUAUUCAACAUCAGAGAAUUCAUAUUGGCGAAAAAUCUUAUGAAUGUAAAGAGUGUGGGAAAUUCUUUAGCUGUGGCUCACAUGUUACUCGACAUCAGAAAAUUCAUACAGGUGAAAAACCCUUUGAAUGUAAAGAAUGUGGAAAGGCCUUCAGCUGUAGCUCAUACCUUUCUCAGCAUCAGAGAAUUCAUACGGGUAAGAAACCCUAUGAAUGUAAGGAAUGUGGGAAGGCCUUUAGUUAUUGCUCAAAUCUUAUUGACCAUCAGAGAAUUCACACUGGUGAAAAACCCUACGAAUGUAAAGUAUGUGGAAAAGCCUUUACUAAGAGCUCGCAACUUUUUCAACAUGUAAGAAUUCAUACAGGUGAGAAACCCUAUGAAUGCAAGGAAUGUGGCAAAGCUUUCACUCAGAGCUCAAAGCUUGUACAGCAUCAGAGAAUUCAUACAGGUGAGAAACCGUAUGAGUGCAAAGAAUGUGGCAAGGCCUUUAGCAGUGGCUCAGCACUUACUAAUCAUCAGAGAAUUCACACGGGAGAGAAACCCUAUGAUUGUAAGGAAUGUGGGAAGGCUUUUACUCAGAGCUCACAACUUCGUCAACAUCAGAGAAUUCAUGCUGGUGAGAAACCUUUUGAAUGUCUUGAAUGUGGGAAGGCCUUUACUCAGAACUCACAGCUUUUUCAACAUCAAAGAAUUCAUACAGAUGAAAAACCAUAUGAAUGUAAUGAAUGUGGAAAGGCCUUUAAUAAAUGCUCAAACCUUACUCGACAUCUCAGAAUUCAUACUGGUGAAAAGCCCUUUAACUGUAAGGAAUGUGGAAAGGCAUUUAGUAGUGGCUCAGAUCUCAUUCGUCAUCAGGGAAUUCAUACUGAUGAAACAAUAGGACGAGGCGCUUGUCUGGUUUUGUGUUUGUACGCCCAGCCCUCGCAAGCUAGCAGUUUCCACGUGAGACCCGGAGCUCACCUGCUCUGGCCUCGCCACGCCCGGAUCGCGCCUUGGGGCGGGGCUUGGAGAGCUUCCCGGCCUGCGCAGGGGCUUCUGGGAGAUGUGGUCCAGCCGCCAGGCCUCCGCGCCCGCUUGCGCCCAGACCCCAUCGGCUGGGCCUUCUGGGUCGGCGGUGCGGGUGUAUCGGGCUCAUUGCGUGGAACGAAGGCUGGUGAAGGCCCUGUGGCGGCCUCUAUGCCCAAGACCUCCAGGCCUAGAGAGGAGCUAGUGACAUUCAAGGAUGUGGCUGUCGACUUUACCGAGGAGGAGUGGGAGCAUCUGGACCCUUCUCAGAGGCACCUGUACCGAGAAGUGAUGUUGGAGAACUUUGGGAAUCUCAUCUCCUUGGCAGGGCAUCUGCUGUCUGAACCAGAAAUGAUUUUCCAUUUUGAACAAGAAGAUGAUGUGUGGAUGGAAGAAACAAUACCAAGAAGCUCUUAUUCAGGAGUCAGGGAUGAGAAUGAUGGGAUCCUGUCUUGGCCAGUAUCUCCAGGAGAAAAACUCUAUAACUGUCCCCAGCAUGGCCAAGACUUCAGCCAGCUCAGAAACCUUCUAAUUCACCAGCAAACCCAUAUUGGAGAGAAGCCUUCUCCAUAUGCCAUGUGUGGAAAAGCCUUCAGUGAAAGGACAGCGGACCUUAACCUUCCUGUGCUCCUCCCAGGAGACGAGCCCUACCGAUGUAUGGAGUAUUCUGGAGUCUUCCACUCAGGAUCUGCUCUGAGAAGGCACAAGAAGGAGCACAUGGGAAAGAAACCUCACACGUGUGAAGAAUGUGGGAAGGACUUCAGCCGGAGCUCCAAUUUGUCCAUCCAUCGGCGAGUGCACACAGGUGAGAAGCCCUAUAGAUGCAGUGUGUGCGGAAAGGACUUCAGUCGCAGCUCCAACCUCUCCAUCCACCAGCGCAUCCACACAGGUGAGAAACCCUUCAGCUGCCAUGAGUGUGGAAAGGACUUCAGCCGCAGGGCAGCCCUGCAGAUCCACCAGAGUGUCCACACAGGAAGGAAGCCCCACGCUUGUGAGGUAUGUGACAGGCGCUUCACCUCACGCUCUGCGCUGGCUCGACACCAGCAGGGCCAUGCAGGAGACAAGGCCUAUCUGUGCGACACAUGCGGCCGGGGAUUCAGCCAGAGAGCCAACCUCUACCUGCACCAGCGUGUUCACACGGGAGAGAGGCCGUUCCGGUGCGAGGCCUGUGGGAAGUGCUUCAGCUGGAGCAAGGACCUGGGUAUCCACCGGAGAGUCCACACGGGUGAGCGGCCCUACAGAUGUGCGGCUUGUGGCAGGGACUUCAGGCAUCACUCAGCCCUCAAGAGGCACCAGAGGGUGCACACAGGGGAGAAACCCUACCCCUGUGCUAUAUGUGGGAAGGGCUUCAGUCAGAGAGUCCACCUGCAGAUGCAUCAGAAGGUGCACUGAUGGGAGAGGCUUCCAGGAUUGGGCUCUGCACAUGCAGGUGUCUUCCAUGGGCAGGGCCAAUGCCAGGGCAUAAGUGCUGAGGUGCACAACAUGGAUCAGGCUUAAUGAUGUAUGGCAUUUGUUAGUAUUUAUACGGAAAAGAAGGGGCUUCCCAGGUGGCUCAGUGGUAAAGAAUCUGCCUGCCAGUGCAGGAGACACAGAAGACUCGGGUUCGUUCCCUGGGUUGGGAAGAUCCCCUGGAGUAGGCAAUGGCAACCCACUCCAGUAUUCUUGCCUAGACAAUCCUAUGGACAGAGGAGCCUGGCGGGCUAUGACUCGCUAAAGUUGGACACGACUGAGUGACUGAGCAUGCUCUCAUAUAUAAAAGAGGACACAUCAACAGCACUUAGAUAGAUGGAGAAAUAUUGAAAGAACACUUCCAGCCCUCCCAGAAGAUCUCUGUGUGCUCCUUUCCACUCACUGCCCCACAAAGGCAAUCACUAUCCUGACUUCUAAAACUAUAGAUUGAUUUUGCAAGUUCUAGAAUAUCAUAUAAUUGAAAGUACACAAUAUGUAAUCUUUCAUAUAGGACUUGAUUCACUCAGUGUUUGCAUCCAUGUUGUUGCAUGUAUUUAGAAGUUCAUUUAUAUUAUUACCGAGUAGUAUUCCAUUAUAUGAAUGAACCAGAGUUUGUCUAUUCACCUGUUGAUGGACAUUUACAUUUGGACUAUUUCUAGGUUUUCCAGGUUUUGAUUGUUAUGAAUAAAGCUGCUGUGAGCAUUUGGGUACAUAUCAUUGUGUGGACAUAAACUUUAAUUCCUCCUGGGUAUAUACUUAGGAAUAGAAUUGAUGGGUAUUUUAAAACUUUUAAAAGACUGGGCUUAGAAAAUUUCAAGCAAAUACAGAAAUAGAGCAGUAACAAAUACUCAUGUCCCCAUCAUCUAGCUUCAGUAAUCAAGUCAUGAUGAAUUUUGUUUCCUCUCUUCCACCCUGAAGUAGUUUACAAGCAAAUCCUAUUCCAGGAUAUUUUGUCAUCUUUAUAUCUUCAAAAAAUAAAGACUUGUUUAAAUUUUUUUCCGAAGA